GUUGAUGUGCUGCUGCACGACGGACCUCACCGGCCCUGGAAAUGGUAUUCCGGAAAAAUACUUUUUGGAUGGUUGAGUAAUUUGAAUGAUGUAUCGCUGGUGGAGGUAAUGAUCGACGGGCAGCGGCAUCGCGAACUGCUUCCCCAUUGUCAGAUUCGAAAUGCAGCGAGUCCCGUCGUGGAACCAGAAGAGCCAGAACUUGUUGCCGCAGGCCAUUUCGUCAUGCAUACCUUUGGGGUUCCUGACGUUUACUGGACCAUGCAGCCCCCGGAGGCAAGGUUGCUGCUGAAAAAGGUUGAGCGAAAGUUCCAGCUGCGAUUCGUCAAGAUUCUUGGUGACAAGGUGUAUUAUCUGCGACGGAGCCAGGAUUCGGCUCUGGGGUAAGAAGAUAUGGCGAUGGCGUUUCAAUUGGAAAGCCAGCAUCCUGUUUUUCACGGUCAAUUAGUCGAGAAAAGGGAGAGAGAUAUUGAGUUCGAACGGAUACAGCUGGUUAACUACCCUGAAAUCGGACUGGCGCUGCCAGUGGUGUUGUUGAAGGAAGUCUUCCAGUCACUGGAUACAGUCGAUCGUCAGCGCUGCCGCCGCACUUGUCCGCUGUGGGAAGCCCUUUUCACGUCGACUGAGCUGUGUCAAGAGGUGCGAGCUAUGCAGCAACCGCCCCACUCUUCGUUUCCAGAACAGUGGAAUUCUCGUUACGCCUUAUACUGCUGCGUUUUCAAGCUCAUCACGCCCGCCACCCGCAUCAUCUUCAUUAAUGUUGCCGAAACCAACUAUACGAGUCACUGCAAUCCCGAUUUUGCCGAAGAACUGCUGGAUGUUAUUGCAGCUGUCUUGAACGGCGCCGGCAUGCAUAUCGACCGUCUUAUCAUACACCAGCGAUCGAUUAGGCUGGAAACGGCCUACCGUGGUGGUCAGUUUAAUUGGAGCGCGCAAUCCGCUGAGAUCGCAGCGGUCACGGCGAAGCUCCUGUCUUGCUGUGGUCGUGUGAUCUGGAAGGACUAUGUCUUCACGCUGGCAGACAUGGGACGACUGCUCGUGAUGACUUCCCGCAUCCCCCUUGCGGUCUUCACCCGGGCUCCUCUGGAUGGGGCGCACAUUAUGGAUUUAUGGGAGCAAUAUCUGGGCUGCGAGGGGCAGCCGUUGGAUGUGCAGCACAUCGCCCAUUGCCUGGCCAAUCGGGUCAACAAUGAAGUAAAGGCCAUGAAAGUGAUGCAGAUUCUCCAAGACUACCAAUCCGGCGAUCCGCGUCAUCGGCGCACUAUCGAAAUCUUCAGUGGACGGUGUACAGCAUGGCCGACGUGGACGUGGGCAAACUGAACCGCUUCUGCCUGUAUGCGCUAUCUCGCUGCAUGCAGCACUGGGCUCCAGCAUACGUUAACAAAGGCAACGCGCGAUAAGUAACGUAACAAGUACUGCAAAGA